GAUCUGAUACGCUAUCUCGCUACAAUCGCUCUCAGUUGCUACCUGCGAGUAUACCCUCGAUCAACUCAUCAACCUUGCAAGCCAAUUCCUCGAGACUUUUGUCGUUGACUUCCACUGGUCCCUAGUAGCUGUUGAUCGAAUGAUGCCUUCUCCUCUACUCUCCGCCUCCCAUCAUCAGACUUCAUAAACCUUUUCGACGUCCCAUCAUCCAAGCCUGCCAGCGGCAUCGCAGCUUCAACGUCCUCUCAACUCAACGGCUUGCUGGACGAGCUUCCAAGUUGAGGUGCAGGCUCCAGCCAUUCCACCUCUCGGUUUCUUUCACGUGCGACAACUCGCGGCCCUUCCUUCUCGAUGCACCUCCAUGGCUACCCGGUUGCACUCCUCGCUGCUGGCUUUGUCCUCACUGCGGCGGGCUUUCGCAAUGACACCUCCCCUGCCUUGACCCAGACGCCACUCUACGGUCUUACCGACGGCUGCCCUCCCUGUCCAAGAUGUUUUGAUUGCCACUACGAUGAGUUCCACUGUCAACAGUUUGCCAAUUGCAGUAGCUUGAAUGGGAAAUGCGUAUGCCCACCAGGCUUUGGCGGCGACGACUGCUCCGAACCAUUGUGUGGUUCCCUCGCCGAUGGCAAGAACCGUUCCCCGCGGCAAGGAGACCAUUGCGACUGCAAAGAUGGUUGGGAAGGUGUCAACUGCAACGUCUGUACUACAAACGAUGCUUGUGAUGCAAUGACCCUGUUUGGAAGAGGAGGUGUUUGCUACCAGAAAGGCCUGGUCGUUCAUGAGAAUUAUCAAAUGUGCAACGUCACCAAUCAAGCCAUUCUUGACCAGAUCAAGCCUCGCAUCCCCCAAGUCACCUUCUCCUGCAAUGCGGAUGAUGCCACUUGCAAUUUCCAGUUCUGGGUUGAUCAGAAAGAAUCCUUCUACUGUGCUUUAGAUACCUGUGCCUGGGAAGCAGCUGACACCACUGUCCGCAAUACCACAAAGUACACCUGCGAACACAUCAAGUGCUCAUGCAUCGAAGAUCGAUUCCUAUGUGGAGAAGACGGUUCCGUCAACAUCGACGAAUUUCUUGCAGAGGAGAUCAAGGGCCCUGCCUCUUUCUUCACCCAACACACCUACGGUGGAAGCUCAAAGGAUGGUAGUAGGUUUGAAGAGCCCGCCAUGAAUAACCUCAUCUCCAUGAUCUUCGGCGACGAGUACAUUUCUCUCUCUUGCAGAGCAGGAGAGUGUCUUUAUGAGGAGGAUGUUCCUGGCUAUACACCCCCGAUCAAGGAGAUCAACACGCCAGUAAUUGCUGGUGUGAUCGCUGCUGUUGCCUUGUUGAUAUUAGCCAUUAUUCUCGGCUCAUGGUACCUUUCGCGACGAGCAGCUCUGAAGCGUUGGGGUGCAAUUCGUCUUGGAGACAACAGUGAAGAUGACCCUUCCAAAGCCAUGAUCAACAACACGCCCAUGGCGUUACAAUUCGAAAAUCUCCACUACAAUCUCAAAGGCAAAGAAAUCCUCUCAGGCAUCUCGGGAAUUGCUCAACCCGGCCAGAUCAUGGCUAUCAUGGGUGCUUCUGGAGCCGGCAAAUCCACUUUCUUGGACAUUCUCGCUCGCAAGAAUAAACGCGGCCAGGUGUCUGGUAACAUGUAUGUCAAUGGCGAGAAGAUCCUCGACAACGAAUACCGAAACGUCAUUGGAUUUGUCGAUCAGGAAGAUACCCUGUUGCCUACUCUUACGGUCCAUGAAACCAUCCUGACAAGUGCCCUGCUGAGACUGCCCGCCGACAUGGGCGUCACUAUCAAAGAACAGAGGGUCAUCGAGGUGAUGCAACAGCUGGGCAUCUAUCACAUCAAAGAUCAGCAAAUUGGUUCCGAAGAAGGCAACGGUAGAGGUAUUUCAGGCGGCGAGAAACGUCGAGUUGGGAUUGCUUGUGAGCUUGUCACAAGCCCUAGCAUUCUCUUCUUGGACGAACCAACAAGUGGCUUGGACGCCUUCAAUGCCUUCAAUGUUGUCGAAUGUCUCGUCACGCUGGCCAAAACAUACAACCGCACUGUGAUCUUCACAAUCCACCAACCUCGGUCCAAUAUUGUGGCUCUUUUUGAUCAACUCGUCCUGCUUGCCAAAGGACAGACCGUCUACUCCGGACCGUUUUCGAACUGUCAAGCAUAUUUCGAUCACGUGGGGUAUUCUUGCCCGCCUGGUUUCAAUAUUGCCGACUACUUGGUCGAUCUUACUAUGCACGCAAGUAUGCCUAAGCCAAUUAUCCUGGAUGACGUUAAUCAAGAUUUUGUCGAACGUGAACGCGACGGUCUUGGUACCUCCUCGUCCAGCACUCGAGCGGUCAAGUCGAUUGCAAGUGCAUCGAACGUCAGCAUCGACACCCAUCGAGAGCCUUCAAUUCGACCGAAACAGAAGAGACGCAUCUCUCUCAAGCAGAAACAGGAUCGUCAAUUAUUCACUCGCAAGAAAACCAGUGGGGAUGAGACGCCACCAACGCCAAAAACGGAUGACGAGGAUAAUGUUCUAUAUAGAGCAACUGGUAGCAUGCGCAGUUGGCUGCAACUGUCGAAGAGGGAUGGUUCCAAUCCACCUCAGAUUCUUGAAGACCCAGACGAUCUAUUGCCGGACGUCAAUACCGAUCUUGAUAUCUUGGUUUCUAGUUUCAAGGCCUCCGAUGUUGCACAGACCAUUCACGACGAGAUUGCCACCUCGAUCCACGCCGCAUCAUCAGCCAACGGCCAGAUUUCAGAAGGUGAAUCAUCUGAAGCUGUGACUGGUAGCAUCAAGGGAUUCCGAAGAGUCAGCCUACCACGACAAUUCCUCAUCCUAUCGAAGCGAACAUGGCGCAAUCUGUAUCGCAAUCCCAUUCUGAUGCUGACUCACUACGCGAUUGCAAUUGUCCUGGCUGUAUUUUCCGGCUACCUGUUUUAUGGUGUGACCGACGACAUUGGAGGUUUCCAGAAUCGACUGGGCUUAUUCUUUUUCCUCCUCGCACUCUUCGGAUUCAGCACUCUGACCAGCUUGAAUGUGUUUAGCUCGGAAAGAUUGCUGUUUGUGCGAGAGAGAGCCAAUGGGUACUACUCUCCAAUCACAUAUUUUGCAGCCAAGGUCAUCUUUGACAUUAUUCCACUGCGACUGAUCCCGCCAAUCAUCAUGGGUAUCAUUGUCUAUCCGAUGACAGGCUUGGUGCCAGCCUGGAGCAAUUUCUUGACAUUCAUUCUUAUUCUGGUCUUGUUCAAUUUGGCUGCUGCUACGAUAUGUUUGACGAUUGGUAUUGUCUUCAAAGAUGGAGCUGUGGCUAAUUUGAUUGGAAGUUUGGUCAUGUUGUUCAGUCUCUUGUUUGCUGGUCUUCUCCUCAACUUGAACCACGACGAUGUGACGGCCCCCUUACAAUGGCUCGAAAAGUUAUCCUUCUUUCAUUAUGGAUAUGAAGCACUGCUUGUCAAUGAGGUCGCGAAACUCAGGUUGAUCGACCGUCGAUACGGUCUCGACAUUGAAGUUCCUGGAGCUAGUAUUUUGAGUGCCUUCGGAUUCGACAAUCUGGCACUCUGGAGAGACGUGAUGGGGUUGGGAGUGUUUGGAGGAGUGUUUAUCAUCGUCGCGUAUGCAGCGAUGCAUUUCCUCCUUGUCGAGAAGAGAUGAGUCUGGAUUCGAUGGACAGAUGCAUGGAUAGGAAUUGGGACAAUCAUACAACGCACAAAUCAUGUCACAAUGGAUGCAUACUGAAGCAUCCACUUUGGAGUUAAACUGGGGUUUUAGAACACGUAUCGAAACUCGGACGGAACGAGGGCUCGAAAAGACAUUACGGAGUAUAUGAUUGUAUCUGCAAUUACUGUAGCCUAAUAAUAUGCCGCUAUCAAUUUUGAACA